UGCAGCUUACCAGGUCUAUUACAACCUACGCGCGUAUUGGAUACGAAAACUCUCGGAAUCCUCCACCGGAAGCAUAUUAUAAACACAAGCCGAAUGUUACUCAUCAACUUUCCCGUGUAUUUUGUCGUCCUCAGUAUUACCUCAGCUAUUGCUGGCUACAUUUGCUGGGUUUUCUACAAUAAGCGGUUAAAGAGAGGUGUAAAACGUGUUCACCGCGUCCCCACAUCUGCGGUCGGCGGGGUGAGAAGACGUGCUCCAAAUGUUGCUGUCCGUCGACGGUUAGCUGCCGGAACACAUGUCCCAGAACAUUCAACGGAUGAACAGCUUGUACAAAGAACGGGAGAUGAAUUUCAACCGCAUGAUGAUGAACCAGAUGGGUCAGGUGUAUCGGAAUCUCAUAGCUCGAAGAUCAAAGUUGGAACCAAAAAAGCAGCAAAACUAGCCGAGAAGGAGCGCCGCAAAGAAGAACGUGAGGCUGAGGAGCGUUACCGUGAACACCAGCGGAAGCUGGAGGACCAGAAAAUAGCCAAAAGAAAGGAGGCUGAAAUGGCAGAAGAAAUGGCUUUGGCUGAAGCGGCAGCUGCCGAAGCUCGGCGCCUUGCAGAGGAAGCUGAGCGCGAACGAAUCGAGUACGAAAAAUUGAAGUCGGAUUUCAUCAUUGAGGAGGAGGGAAUUGAGGUAGCCGAACGUAGCUGCAAGGCAGAAGAAGAAUUUAACGCGCGAUUCAUUUCCUUCAUCCGGGAUGCCAAAGUGAUUCCGAUUGAACACUUAGCGCUGGAAUUCAACCUCAAGACAGAAACGUGCAUCGAGCGGCUGAAAACCCUCAUUGCUUCUGGUCAACUCACUGGCUUGUUGGACGAUCGUGGCAAGUUCGUCUACAUCACGUCCGACGAGUACGAGGCGGUGGCUCAAUUCAUUGAGAAACGCGGUCGUGUUACCAUACGCGAGUUGGUGGAGAACGGGCCUAAACUUUUAAACCUCCGCACUUCCGGCAGGUAGUUUCCGUAUGUGUGUACGUGUGCUAACUUUCCUGCCUUACUCACAAACUGUAACCUUUUCUUGCUUGAUGUGUUAUUUUGAAAUAUAUCUUUCCCACUGC